CUCUUCAGUAUAUGUUUUGUAAAUAGCCUCAGAAAAAUAGCCAUAACCCAUAACUAAUGGGCGAUCGGAAUUAUUUUAUUUCUGAUGCGGUGUUUUAAGUUAAAACGGCCGUAUACUAGACACAUACAAACUAAUUAUAAUUCUUUUGCCUAAUUACGCUGUCCGAAUCAGAGCCAUAUCCCGAAACUAAAUCACCGGAAUUCGUAAUUGGCGCUUUAAUAAACGCAGGGUGAACUGACAGUUCGCGCAAGGAAGUUCGUCCAUUUUCUUUCAACUUAACCGGUUAACAAAACCCAUGUGGUUGUUCAAUGUUCGAUUAUCUUACUAGAUAGCUAUAACAAAUUGUAAUACCCUGAGCAAUCGCUCAUUACAAGCAACUGACUCGUCUGUGCCAGAUAGUGGAAAAUACAAGGUAAACAUGAACACAGAAAAACUGAAGAAACUACAGUCGCAAGUGCGUAUCGGCGGAAAAGGGACUCCGAGACGUAAGAAGAAGGUUGUUCAUUCGACCCAAGCAACUGACGACAAGAAAUUGCAGUCUUCAUUGAAAAAACUCUCAGUCAACACGAUACCUGGCAUCGAAGAAGUUAAUAUGAUCAAAGACGAUGGAUCUGUAAUACAUUUCAACAACCCAAAGACACAAGCUUCCCUGGCUGCAAAUACUUUCGCUAUCACUGGUCAUGGUGAAAGUAAACAAAUAACAGACAUGCUUCCAGGCAUUUUGAGUCAGUUAGGACCCGAAGGAAUUACCCAGUUGAAGAGGUUAGCUAAUACAGUUGCUAAUGCUGGUGGUGUUGGAAAGAUUGUUCCUGAAGAUGAAGAGGAUGUGCCCGAUCUUGUAGAAAACUUCGACGAAGCCUCAAAAGCUGAGGUAGCAAAGAAAGAAGAUAAGAAUGAAAACUAAUUCUAAGGAUCACAAAAUUGCUGUCUGCUGUUACUUUUAGUUUGAAAUAUGGAAAUAUUUUGAUAGAUUUAUGUGCUAUGGAAGAGUCAAAACUUUGUUUUGCUAAUGUAGACAGUGCUAUGUAUAGCAUUGUUUUGAAAAUAUAACAGUACUACAUUGAAUUGUUUGGUUAAUUUCUGCUGUAGAAGGGUGAUAAUUUGCAGGUAUGUAAUAAUUUCUACUCAGCU